CUGGUGUCUUUUAAAAAAAAUAUUUUUUGUAAAUAUAUUUCUAACGUCGGUGUCCCGAUCCGUUGCAACGUGGUGUUUUAAUUACAGAGCGCUUCCUCCGCCUGUGGAAACUUUCCAGUUUCCGCUAAUUGGCAGCGGCGGACAGCGGAGCUCCGACACCGGAGGAGACGCGACAAAAGGUAGAGAGGAAACAGAGGAGAGCUGAAACGCAAGCCCAUGCGUACAUGUGAAGGAAACAAAACGUCUGCGGGGUGGAGGGGGGGAGUUAAUCCGAAGGUUGCGCAAAGUGCAGAGAGCGAGAGAGAGAGAGAGAGAGAGAAAGGGAGAGAAGGGGACGAGGGAAUUGGUGCGCGCUGGGAACCACCCGGACAAGAGCUGAAAGACGGAUAUUCCCUGCCUCAGGACACACCCUCCAUGCGCUCUCUCUCCCCCUCUCUCUCCCCCUCUCAUUGUUUCCCACACUGACUGUCGCCGCCGGGCUUCGUAUCGGGUGAACAACUGACCAGCCACCGGCUUAGAGGAGAGAAAGCGCAAAGUGACAUCAUUCCGCCGCAGAGACGCAACUUUGGUGGCGGCUUUCACCGCGGAGCAGGACGAACGUUAGAUGUUUUAAUGACUUCUUAAAGUGUUUUUAAGGUUUUACGGAGAGACCGAAGAAGAGCUGAUUUGGAUGAGAGUUCCAAGUCAAGUGAGCCAGCUGAUUGGACCGUUUAAAGCCUCUUAACGCAGGUGGCGGGGAGGAAAACACCGCAAAGCGCAGCGUGUGUGUGUUUGUGUGCGCGUGAGGCGCGCAGCACUAGUCGAACCAAGAGAACGCAGCCGCAGGAGGGUGGAUCAGGUGUGAGUCUCAUGGCGGGUCGGCGGAGAAGUCCAACACGGGUAGUUAUGGUUCCUCCGACCCGGACGCAAUGAAGUGGCUGUGCGUGAGUUUCAGGGUUUAAGAGCCGGAGGAGAGCUGGGCGGACGGGCGGACACUGGGAGGAGAGGGAGGGGCGGGGGGACACGCCGGGGACACGCCGCCAAAGCGCACAACACGUUCCCCGAUCCCCCGACGCAGGGAUGGAGCGCACAAGAGCGCACGGGCUUGCUCGGCUCGAUCCAAGAAUCGCGAGUGGAACGAUCACUGCCAGGCCACGCGCGAGGAGUGACCGGCACCGGGGACACCUCCACCUGCGGCGGACUGUGAUUUUUCUCGUCGCGCUCACGAUACAACCGCAGGCUGUGUGUGCAGUCGGCAUGUUCGAGCUUCAGAUCCAUUAUUUCGAGAACCCCCUCGGACUUCUGCAGAAUGGAGACUGCUGCGACCUCCAGGCCGGCGGCGGGCAGCGCUGCUCUGCUAGGGAUCAAUGUGACACUUUCUUCAAGGCCUGCCUCAAGGAGUACCAGGCCCGGGUCGUCCCAUCUGGGCCCUGCACCUUCGGGUUGGGCAGCACGGGGAUCCUGGGUGGAAACUCCCAGUCGCUCCGUCACAGAGGGCACGACGGAGGAGGACGGGGAGAGGACGGGGCUAUCGGACACAUUGUCAUUCCCUUCAAAUACGCAUGGCCGAAGUCCUUUUCUUUGGUGUUGGAGGCUCUGGACUAUGACAACGACACGUCAGAAUCAGGUCAGUUGAUUGAGCGAGUCCUCCUCUCUUCCAUGCUGAACUCUGGGGUACAGUGGCAGACGUACCGUCACCACGGUCGGCCUCUCACUCUGGAUUACCGGCUUCGCUUUCGCUGUGAUUCAAAUUACUACGGCCCUUUCUGCAACAAGCUGUGCAGGGCCCGGGAUGACUUCGUCGGACACUUCAUCUGUGACCCCAACGGCUCCAAGGUCUGCAUGGAGGGCUGGACGGGGCCGGAGUGCAAAGAAGCGGUGUGUCGGCAGGGUUGUCAUCAGACCCACGGCAACUGCACUGCACCUGGAGAAUGCGAGUGUCACUAUGGCUGGAAGGGCCCUCUGUGUGACCAGUGCGUGACGUUCCCCGGCUGUGUGUACGGAAGCUGCGGCGAGCCCUGGCAGUGUGUGUGCGACGUCAACUGGGGAGGACUGCUGUGUGACAAAGAUCUGAACUACUGUGGCACCCACCAGCCAUGUAAGAAUGGUGGGACCUGCACCAACACGGAGCCAAACGCGUACCACUGUGAGUGCCGGGAUGGUUUCAGAGGACGCAACUGUGACAUUGUGGAACAUGCGUGUUUGUCGUCACCGUGUGUGAAUGGAGCCACCUGUGUGGAAGACCCAACGGGCUUCAGCUGCACUUGUACCGACGGAUGGACCGGACACAUCUGCGCUGAUGCGGUGAGGCAGUGUGAUCGGAGCCCCUGUGGCCGUGGAGCAACGUGUCAGGAGGCUCCUGGAGGAUACCGGUGCGUCUGCCCGCCCGGGUGGACCGGCAGGACGUGCCAGCUGGACACCAACGAGUGUGAAAUGAGUAUAUGUGUCCACGCACGCUCUUGUCGCAACUUGAUAGGUGGAUACCUGUGUGACUGCCAUCCCAAAUGGACGGGGCCCAACUGUGACAUCAGGAACAGCAGCUGUCAGGGUUUGUGCUUGAAUGGUGGACGUUGUGAGGACCAGAUGUCCGCCUCCAGAUGCUCGUGCCCACCUGGUUUCUCUGGGAAAUAUUGCCAGAUUGGUCUGACUCCCUGUGACAGCGCCCCCUGCCUGCACGGGGGACAGUGUGUGGAGCAGGAUGGAAAGACCGUCAAGUGUAACUGUCCCACAGGAUACUCAGGAGACUUCUGUGAGAAAGCGCCGGUGGAUAUGUGCAAUCCCAACCCUUGCCACAAGGGGGCGCCUUGUCACAGCACAGAGGGCAGAUACUUGUGUGCAUGCCCCGAGGGUUAUUACGGUAACGAGUGCAUGAACCUCAAAAAUCCCUGCAUUGGUCAGCACUGUCCAGGUGCCAUGUCUGACACAACACACGGGGGGGCCAGCUUCUACAUCAUCCUGGUCGGGGUCUUAGUUUUAGUGAUGGUCUGCGGCUGUGCGGCCUGCGCCUUGAUCCUCUCACACCUCCAUCGAAAGCAGAAAAAGCAGCAGGCCGUCCCGCAGGAAGAAGGCAUCAACAACCAGAGGGAGAUUGUCAACCUCAUCAGAAACGUGGACCGUCCCGUCCCCCUCCUGUCUCCUGCCGCCCCCCUCUCACAGCCCCCGGCCCCGAUCUCACGUUGCUACGAGGAGAUUGAGCUGACGCUGCCGCCCUCCCCGGCACCUUCUCACCCGUCUCCAGCACUAAAGGCUCCCCACGGCUCAAAACUGGACAUUUCCAACCGGGAGAGGGAGAAGUUGAACCGCAUCCACCACACAGACAACCAGGAACUGGAAGCCUGACCCUUGAACUUUUGGCCUGCGGAGGAGCUUUUUUUUUAAAGCUCUAUUUCAUUUUGUGUUCUUCGCACUCUUUCGCCAACGGGGGACAUGUUUCCAGUUUCUUGCACUAUGUCACUGUGGCAGUUGUAAAAAGGAGGUGACCUAAUGACCUUUAGGGGCUCAAAUAGCACCAGAAAACACCUGAGGAGCGAUGGCUGCUAAGAAAGAGGGUCAAAAGUCCAACUGUCGUCUUCGACUUUAAUGACUAGGAGAGGCAGCAGAUGCAUGAUUGCAUGACUGACUCAUCAGACUUGAUUUAUUCUUGAGGCCUAAAGACUUGCCUUGGAGUGCCUGAGAUACAGUCUAGAAGAAAUCAUCUUCUGCAGGAGCUUCUCAAACUGUUUCCUGGUCCAUGAUGCCAUUUGAAUGCUGUUCAGACUUCCAUGUCUGAUUCUGACUGAACCCCGAAAGAGAGAUCAACGAAUUGAUGCUUAUUUAACACUAAAUGUGUGUGUCUGUGUCUGGUGGUGUGUUAAGUUUGAGCGGGGAAGAGAGAAUGUAUAUUAUGAGUGUAUGUGUGGGAGGACACAUUAAGUUGGUAUACAUGUAUGUGCAAGCCUUUGUUUUAAAACUAUACACUGUUGCCUGUGUUGUCUUUGUACUACUCCAGCUUGUGGAAGAUGUGUGAUUGUUUCAUACCUGCGUGUAAAGUAUCUUUUUUUGUACAUGAGUAUAUUGUACAUAUUGAUGCCCUUUUUGUACUGUGGUUCGGUCUCAAAGUAUCACUGUAUUGCUUUGCUCCGGUUGCUCUAUUUCCCUUUCCAUUUGGAUCAGCACACGUGGAUUGUAAUAAAAGUGCAUUAACCAACCCUAUUUCCUUUUAUAAAUUGCCUGUAAACAUCACUUACCAGAGUCACAGCCGUCGUUAGUGGGAAGUGUCAGAGGUUCCACACAGAGAUUAUUGACUAGUGUCAUCAAGCGUAAAGUGUGUCACCGCCUUUUUAUAUGUGUAUAACGAUUGCUAUGACAAGCUUUGUUGUUAAUGUUAUCAGACGCCAAAGCAAUGAUAUUUGACAAUAGGGCAAUAAGGAAAACGUGUUGUAGUCUUUUGAAGUUCUCAUUUCCUGUGUAUUUAUUGGUUUGUAAUUUAAGUGGGUUAUAAAGUCAUAAAUUGUUUAGACGCAGUUGUCAUCACCUUUCAACCUCUUGAAGCACAAGUUGUUCCAUUUGUACAAAUAUAUAUUGUGCAACCACAAGUACUUCUACAGCGUCCUUACGGAGACCAAAUAUCUAACGCUUAAGGAAGUUUUAUGAAAAUGUGUAAGUAAUCUAGGGGCUAUUUCCGUUUUACUCUUACAUACAUUUAAGGAUAAAAUUCGGUAGUGUUGGGUUUACGUGAUAAGAAAAAGCCUGAUUGACCCCAGUGCUCCUCUAGAACGACCAUGUGGUUGUGAGUAUCUUGUCUGUUGUUGGAAAGUUGGUCAUACUGUCAUUAUACCGUCUCUUAACCUCAGUGGUUGUAAAUGCCUUGUAAUCGUCAACCUCAGAGGUUUUUUAGGAUAUUGGUAAAGUAUGACAACAAAAACAUGUUUAACUACUCAGACUCUUCCCACAGCUGCUGUUUGCUCCCGGGACGUCAGCGCUAUAAAAAGUAAAGAUGUUCCAUCUAAAUACCUUUUUAUAUCCCCAGCGAUGCAGCUGACACUAGUUUGUCAACUCCUCCUUUAAACAGAAUCUUUCUGGUGUGUGUCUGCGACUCCCCUGACAGCCAGUGGGUAAUAGUACAAAAACAAUGUAAUCUGCGGUUUAGCAAUGAUUGACUUUGGGAUCAUAAUUCCAGCAUUUAUUAGGGGCCCAUUGAUCAUUAUGAAACAGACUGUUUGCAUCACAUGCUUCUUUGUAGUUGCAGAAUUAUUCAUGUCGAUUCUGGAUUGCCUAUUUGAUAUUUUUCCACAAAUAAAUACUGUUUGUUCUUA